GCCGCUGUCCGGUCCCUGGCUAAUUGGCGUGCUCGUUUCAACAUUCCACUCGUUUGCACGCCUAGCCGAAGCGAGUAGUCGAGUUAAAACACCCUCUUGGAUAUGUCCGCUCCCUAGCGGUGAUCAGAGUCGACGAGUAGCGAGCCCUCAAUGACGCCGCCCGAAUACCCGGCCACCGCCAUCCCGGGCCGCCCGAAGCCGCCAUUCCAACCACGGACGGGAACGGAGAGAGGUAUAGCAGGAGCAGGAGCAGCAGCAGGAGGAGGAGGAGGAGGACGGGGGUUAGGAGAAAGGGGAAGAAUCGGGGCAGCGGACGCGUCAGCAGCGAUGAGAUCAUCGGUGUUUGAGUUUCGAGGAUUCGACUUCUUUGCCAACCGCGACAUUAAUGAACUUAAGAAUGCGUCGCGCGCCUACUUUGCGCCCGCCCCGUCCGUCGAGAAACACCAGCGUCUGCCGUCUACAUGGCUGGGCGAUGCGACGCCUCCAGGGACUCCGCGGCAUUCCGGCGACGGAUCCCCCUUCGGAGCGACCCGUCCGCCGCCUUCUCUCCCCGUGAUGCCGCCCCGGGGUGACAAGAAAAUACUGGGGAUGAGGAAAACCCCGUUCUGGUGGCUGCUGGCGCUGUUAGGGCUCUUGUUGGUAAUUGCGAUCGGUGUCGGCGUCGGCGUCGGUGUUAGUAGAGAAGCGUCCGGCGGGUCUGACAGAGACGCUAUCGCUGAGGCUGUGACUGCGUCGUCGUCCAGCUUAUCGCCUACGCCUGCAAUUUCCGGCCCGGUCACAUCGGCAGCAGGCGAUGUUUCUAUAACCUCCACGCUAAGCCCUUCCACAACCUCGUCCUCGUCCGGGUCGACUUCAACCCCUACCGGUAGCGCAGAGGGGAAAAUCGACUGUCCCACUGCCAACGGAACCGUCUACCAAGUUCCUGGGUCGGACAAGCGAUUCUUGCGCAUUUGCGGCAUAGACUACAGCGCAGACGAGGCGCAGGACUUGCGACAAGUACCUACUGAGACCAUAUUAGACUGUAUGAAGAACUGUGCCGGCACGUACCAGUGCACCGGUUGCGCCUGGGGCGUGCUUGAAGGAGAUACGGGGACCCAACACACCUGCUUCCUGAAGGGCAACUUGAGGACUCCUCAUGAAGCGGAUAUAAAUUGGGCCUUUGCUGUACUGCUAUGAAUAAGAUAUGCCCAGUUUCGCGUACGCAUCGUCAGUGUGGGUGUGACGCCGGUAUGUAGCUAAUAAUAACCGCUUUCGAUGGGUCGCGUAGGCGAGAAGAUCCCGGGUAUAGUCACGAUCCUAGGGACUAUGCCUUCGCGACUAUAAACUACUGGGGGAUGAAAUUACUUUGUAGUUGCCCGGGCGAUCAAGAG